AGCCGCACCGGUCGCUCUGUUGGUUUAAUUUCUGCAGUCGGCAACUCAGCCUUCGUCUUCAAGCUUCCUUCGAUUUCGUGCUGUCGCUUUUGCUUCCCAUCGGAAUGGAUGGUGCAAAGACACAUGGUGCUGUGUUGGCAUGUACAGAUGGGGCAGUUCUUCCCAUCAGUCAAGUGUUUAAUGCAAUUAGAGAGCUUGGAAAUGAGGGGAUUGAGCAAUGGGAUCCUUUAGUUCUUACAUCUGCAACCCUCUUAAGCAAGUUGCCGGUAGAUUCUUCAUCUGUUGAUUUUGUGAUUUUAAUCUGGCUGUCAAUUGAUUGUCCUGUGGACCAACUGGUUCAAGAAAUCCUUAGAGUGUUAAAAGUAGGUGGUACAAUUCUUAUUCGCAAGUCUUCUCAGUCUUCUGUGAAUUCGUUUGAUAAGAUAAUAUCUGAUCUUGAGAACAGGUUAUUGUUGGCUGGGUUUUCAGAAACACAAGUUUUACAAUCAACUGGGAUCAUAGCUAAAAAGCCUUCAUGGAAAAUUGGUUCGUCUUUUGCACUAAAGAAGGUGAUUAAGAGUUCACCUAAAAUGCAAAUUGAUGUUGAUUCAGAUCUGAUUGAUGAAGAUAGUCUUUUAACUGAAGAAGAUUUAAAGAAACCCCAGCUGCCACCUGGUGAUUGUGAAAUUGGGAGUACAAGAAAAGCCUGCAAAAAUUGCACUUGUGGGAGGGCUGAAGAAGAGGAAAAAGUAUUGAAGUUAGGAUUGACAGCAGAACAGAUUAAUAAUCCUCAAUCAGCUUGUGGCAAUUGUGGGCUCGGGGAUGCUUUUAGGUGCAGUACCUGCCCUUACAAGGGACUGCCUGCCUUCAAAUUGGGCGAGAAGGUAGCACUGUCCGGUAACUUCCUUGCAGCAGACAUAUAAAUGGAUAAAGUUGCAGUACGCUUGGGAAUGGUUAUUAUAGAAUUUUUUUUUUUAAUGUAGUAUGGGAUUUUUAUCAGUUAUGCUAAUGCUAGAAAAACCAUUCAUCCUAGUUGUUCGAUACAAUUUUUACGCUUGACAGUGCGAGAGAUCCAAGUUUUCCAGGUAGCUAUUAUAGAGUUGUAAUGCCACUGUUGCUUGCUCUUGUAUAUGCUUUUGAUAUAAUAUCGUUUAUUAUUAGAAACUAUAGCUUUGGAACAGAUGAUUAUAAGAAAUCAUGAUCCCUUUUAAAUGUA